AUGAAUAGGGCAAGGAAUUGUAGCCAACUAGAUAUAGACAACUUUUGUGAUCUAUACAAUAUAGUAGAAACAAAAAGGGACACGAUAAAUCACAAGAAUAAACAUAAUGAAGCAUCUAAUUUUAAUGAAUUAUUUGAUUGUGAAUUAAAAAAUGAAAUGAAUGUGAUGAAAGAAAGUAGUCAUAGGAAAGGUCCUAGUGAAAAAAAAAAAAAUACACAAUUUGUAAAUCAAACAAAUUUUAAGAAAAAUAAUAAUUUAAGUAAUUAUUUAUGUGAAUUACCUGAGAAGAAUACAUCAAAUUUUGAUAUAGAUGAAAAUAGAAUCCAUAAAUUAGUACCAUUUUCAGAUGCAUGUUCAGAUAUGGAAUCAUAUGCCAUGUCAUGGAAUGAAUCACAUCUAAGAGGUUGCAGUGAAUCAAGUGGAGGUGAUAGGAAUAGACAAGAAAAUAGUAGAUAUGGCUAUAAAAAUGUAGAUAAAGAAAAGACAAAUUUAAAGAAUGAAAAAAUAAAAAAAAAAUUAAAUAAAAAAAAAGGGAAAAGGAAAGAUGAUGAUUGUUAUUCCCAAGAGAUUGUACAAGAGUAUGGAGAGAAAAAAAAUAAAAAUUUAGCAAAUAUUUAUGGAGAUAGUAAUGAUGAUUCUGAAGAAGAUGAAUUAAAAUAUUAUAGAUGUAGAUAUUGUGAAAUAGAUUCUAUAGAUAGUGUUGUCCAAUGUAAUACAUGUGAAAGAUGGUUUUGUAAUGGAUCAUAUGGAACUUGUGGAAGUCAUAUAGUUACACAUCUAGUUCGAUCAAAACAUAAAGAAAUAAAAUUACAUAAAAAUAGUUUACUUGGUGAAACAAUAUUAGAAUGCUAUAACUGUGGAUGUAGAAAUGUUUUUUUAUUAGGAUUUUUACCUACGUUAGAAGAAGGGGUAGUAAUUAUUAUAUGUCGAGAUCCAUGUUUAGCAUAUUAUAUUUCCUUAAAUAAAAAAAAUGAUGAAAGUUUGAUGAAAAGAAAUGUGUCUAGUCAAGAUGAAGAAAGUGAAGGAGAAACAAAAAUAAAAGAAUGUAACUUAGAAAAAUGGCAACCAAUUAUAGAAGAUAGAUGUUUUUUAGAAUGGCUAGUAAAUAUCCCAACAAAAGAAGAAGCAGAAAAAAAAGGUAAAUUAAUAACAUCUGUAAAUGUAAAUAAAUUAGAAGAAUUUUGGAAAAAUAAAAAAGAUGUAUAUAUAAAUGAAUUAGAUUUAAAAAUAUUAGAUGAUGAACCCAAAAAAGUUAAAUUAAAAUAUACAGAUGCAAUAGAUUAUAAAUUAACAUUUUCACCAUUAAUUCAAUUAGAAUCUAAUUAUGAUAAAUCAAUAAAGGAAGGACAUAAACAAACAAAUGUAAGAAUACGAUGGGAUGUCGGAUUAAAUAAAAAAAGAUAUGCACAUUUUGUAUAUAUUAAAGAAGAAAGUGAAUUAAGGAUAGUUGUAGGAGAUGAAUUAAAAAUAUCGUAUGUUUAUCCUAAUGGUAAUAUAUGGAGUUGUGAAGGUCAUAUAUCAAGAUUAAAUAAUAAUGAAGAAAUAGCAUUAGAAUUAAAAGUAUUAUAUAAUAUAGAUGGUCCAUGGAAUGAUAAUAUAAAUACAGGUUUUGUUGUUGAGUUUGUUUGGAAAAGUACUGCCUAUGAUCGUAUGCAAUUAGCUCUAAACGAAUUUGCCUUUAAUUCAUUUUCAUUAAGUGGGCAUUUAUAUCAUAAACUAUUAGGGCAUGAUAUAAUUGAUGAGCCUAUAAAUUAUAGUAAAAAAUCAAAUGGCAAUUUUUCUAGUUCCUAUAAAAUUGUAAAUUAUUCUGCCCCUAAUUUAGCUCCAUUAAAUCAUUCACAAAUAGAUGCAAUUCAAAAAAGUUUGAACUCCCCACUUUCAUUAAUACAAGGUCCACCAGGUACAGGUAAAACAUUAACAUGUGCAACUUUAGUAUAUCAUAUGCAUAAAACAAAAAUGGGAGGAAAAGUUUUAGUUACUGCUCCAAGUAAUGUAGCUGUGGAUCAAUUAUCUGUUCGUAUUCAUAGAACCGGAUUAAAAGUUGUAAGAUUAUGUGCUAGAAGCAGAGAAUCCGUAUCUAGUAUAGCUGAUUAUUUGUACUUACACAAUCAAGUAAAAUUACUUAAGACAGAUGUAGGAGAAGAAUUAAAUAAAUUAUUAGAAUUAAAAGAAGAAGUAGGGGAAUUAUCGCAAAAAGAUGAGAAUAGAUUAAAAAAAUUAAUUUUACAUGCUGAAUAUAAAAUAUUGAUAGAGGCAGAUGUAAUAUGUACUACAUGUGUAGGAGCAAUGGAUAAAAGAUUAAAAAAAUUUCGUUUUAAUCAGGUUUUAGUUGAUGAAGCAACACAAUCAACUGAACCUGAAUGUUUAGUUCCAUUAGUUACAGGAGCAAAACAAAUAGUAUUAGUUGGUGAUCAUUGUCAAUUAGGGCCUAUAAUUGUAUGUAAAAAAGCAGCAAGUGCUGGAUUAGGAAAAAGUUUAUUUGAAAGGCUUGUUAUGUUAGGUAUUACACCUUUUAGGUUAGAAGUACAAUAUAGAAUGCAUCCUUGUUUAAGUGAAUUUCCAUCUUAUGUAUUUUAUGAUGGAUGUUUACAAAAUGGUAUUACAUUAAAAGAAAGAGAAUAUCCUUUAAAAAAUUUUCCAUGGCCCAACUCUAAAUAUCCUAUGUUUUUCUACAAUUCUAAUGGUCUUGAAGAAAUGUCUGCAUCUGGUACAAGCUACUUAAAUAGAAGUGAAGCACAAAAUAUGGAAAUUUUAGUAAGAGCUUUAUUAAAUUCAGGAUUAAAAGCUACCCAAAUUGGUGUUAUAACUCCUUAUGAAGGUCAAAGAGCAUAUAUUACUUCACUUUUUCAAAAAAACAUAUCUUAUCAACAUUGUUUAGAUAUAGAAGUUGCAUCUGUAGAUGCAUUCCAAGGAAGAGAAAAAGAUUUUAUUCUUUUAUCAUGUGUAAGAUCAAAUAAAAAGUUAGGUAUUGGAUUUUUAAAUGAUCCAAGAAGAUUAAAUGUUGCAUUAACAAGAGCAAAAUAUGGAUUAAUAAUUUGUGGUAAUGCAAAAGUUUUAUCUAGACAACAUUUUAUUUCUAAAGAAAAAUUAAAUUCCAAUGAAACAAUUACAAAUGUGAAUUCAGUUUGGAUUAAUUUAUUGAAUCAAUUUAAAAAAAAAAAUUUAAUUGUUGAAGGAUGUUUAUCUAACUUAAAGUCAAUCACAAUUAAUAUACCAGCCCCAAUUAAACAACCAUCGAAAUAUAUAAACUUUGAUUAUUUUCACGACUUGAAAGAUAUAAAUAGUAAAAUAUAUGAUAAAGAAAUAAAUAGAUAUACAAGAGAUUAUGGAAAUGGCAAAGAUAAUUAUAAAUUUAAAUAUCAAAGAGCUAAUUCACUUUUAAGUCAAAAUAUGUCAAAUAGUAGCAUAUGUAAUGAAUCAGUCAUUGAUCAAGAUAUUUAUAAUUAUAUUAAUGAAAGAAAAGGAAAAAAUAAAUAUUCCCUUAAUUCAUAUAUUAGUAAUUUUAGUCAGCUAUCUCAAUCCAAUGGUAGUAUAACCGAUGAAAUUCCAAACUUUAGAGGAAUUAGUAGGGCUGAAAGUGUUGAGGAUAGUGAUUUUAAUUUUAAUCAUAUAAGUAGCAAUUUUAACGACACCAACUUUGAUAGUAAAAUUGAUUUGAAAAAUGGAGACCUAUUCCCAUAUCUAUUUUAUCAAGAUAGCGACAACAAUCAACAUAAUAAGAGUACCCAGUAG